UUUGAGCAUUAUGUCUUCAGUUCGGAAGAGUCCCUGUGGAUCAGGUGUGAUGCCUGAGAUGGUGGUGAAAAUCAUCGGAAGUAAACACUUUCGAUAUCUCGCGGAGAAGCCAAAGAUCAAGGAGAAUAAGAACUUGAAGGCAGAAACUCAAACAAUGCUCCAGAAAUCCGUGACUGGUAUUGCAAGGCAGAUGAGCCAAGACCCCCCAGCUCCUACUAAUUCCACCAAUCAUCAGAUCAAUCCUGACGCACACGAUGUGGAAGAGAGCAAGCGCUCAGAGCACAACCAGAAACUCCUAACAGGAGUACUCGGUCACAGAUUUCUGGACGGCAAAGCAAAUAUCUACUGCAGCUCUGUACCAACUGGAGACCAGUCCCUGUCCUAUAUCCAUGGCCUGCCCAGGAGAAACCUUAGAGACUGGUCUUUAGAACAGAUGGCAAAGAGCAGCUCUGGCCAACCUGAGGAUAUUGGCCAGAGGCCAAGUGGAACAACAAGAGAAGACACUUUUCUUCUUGCCCUGGUCAGAAGAGAACUCAAGUCACGCCCUCUGAGUUCUGGCUUAUUAGACAAGCUACAGAAAGAGCUGAAGAUCCUGGAUCCUAUCUCUUCAGGAUUUCUUCUCCAAUCUCAGUUGAGCCGCCUCUUCUUGAAGCUUGAAGUCCCUCUGCAGUUACCAACAGUCAAGAUCCUUUGCCAGAGAUUUUCUAGGAGGGACUCUCCUGAAAUGGUGAAUUAUGAAAAGCUACUCCAGUUUUUAACAGUCACAGCUUUAGGUGAUCCACAGCAAAGCAAAACUGUUGAGGACAGCAGCAUGAAAGGCACUCAGGGUGGCAGCCAUCGAAGUCCUGCCCCUCAAGACUCCAGCUGUCACUCAGGAGUGAACAAGAGCCUGUUGGAGAUCUUGAAGAUGGUGCUAAAGACAACCAAUGACAAACUCAGCACAGAGAACCUCAACCUGAGUUUUCAAAAAGAAGAUCGCUCCUUCUCCGGCUACCUGCCCCCACCCAAGGUCAAGGCUAUAUGUGGGAAACAUGGGUUACAUCUGACUUUGAGUCUUCUGGAAACAUUGCUUAACCAUGAAGAUUUGGGCCACCACGGUGAAAUAAAAUGGCAGAAUUUCGUUGAGUUGUUGAGCAGAGCUUCCUCUGAUUUAUCAUCUGAUUUGCCUAUAGGUGAGUUUGGAAAGGAAACCUCUGCCACUCCAGUGCAUCCUGAAGUUCCUGAGAUUUCUCAAUGCAAAACUGUACGUACGAAAACUCCAGAAGAGGAUUUGCAGCCAGAAAACCCUCCUGCUAAAACUUCAGCCCCCCCAUAUCCCCUGAGCCCUUUGAAGAUGAGGCCAGUCUCACAGCCUUCUGUGAGUCCAGUGAUGAAAAAUGCGCCUGAGGAACGUGAGACGUGGAUCGACAGGUUCAGGAAGCUAGAAAACGCCCUCUACCUCUGCGAUCUGAGUAAUACAGGAGUCCUGGAGAAGGAACGGGCCAGACGCCUCAUUCACAACUACAAUCUCAUUUACAACCUGUCUCUGAGCCCUCGGAAAAUCGACCAAGCCUUGCGGAGGUUCCGUGCGGGAGGAAACACGCUCUUGGAGCCAGCGCUUCGGUACUUAAAGGAGCUAUGAUAACAAGCCCAUAUUGUGAGAGCAGAUGUUCCCUUUAUCUCGCUUUUUACCCGGACACGUGUUUCUCCCCAGCUCUCGUGCAGUGGUGGAGGCGCUGUCAGAGCGGGGCCAGUGUAGCUAUCGCAGGCACUUUGAAUUUGGACUUGGUUCCUGGCUAUGAUGCCCGCUCAU